CCAUGAGCGGCCUUUGUCCUUUCCUUUAUCACAACUCUCUCUCUCUUUCUCUCUUCCAUUUCCUCUCUCUCUCUAUAUCUCUAUACUUCACUCUCUCAUAUCACUCUUCUUCUUCUUCAACGGCUCUGAUCUCUUUCAUUUCAUGCAAUGGCCAUAGAUUGUGUGAUCACAAGAGCUAGUAAUAAAACGGCCAUGGCGGCUCACCAAGAAUCAUCCCCUCAGAGCCCACUGGUUUUCGACCCCUCCGUGUUUCAGCGCGACGCCAAUAUUCCCGUCCAGUUCGUGUGGCCGGACGAGGAGAAGCCCGGCGGCGCCAGCCCGCCGGAGUUCCCCGUCUCCGUCGUGGACCUGCGGGGAUUCUUGUCUGACGACCCGCGCGCCACCGCGGAGGCGGCCCGCGUCGUCGGCGAGGCGUGCCGGAGCCACGGCUUCUUUCUGGUGGUCAACCACGGCGUUGACGCCGGCCUCAUCGCCGACGCGCACCGCUACAUGGACCUCUUCUUCCGGCUGCCGCCGUCGCAGAAGCAGAAGGCGCAGAGGAAACUCGGCGAGCAUUGCGGCUACGCCAGUAGCUUCACCGGCAGGUUCUGUUCCAAGCUGCCGUGGAAGGAAACUCUCUCUUUUGACUACUCUCCUCAAGAAUAUUGCAAAGCCAAUAUGGUUCAACAAUAUUUCCAUAACACUUUGGGUCAAGAGUUUUCUCACCUCGGGAAGAUUUAUCAAGAGUAUUGUAAUGCGAUGAGUGAGCUAUCACUAGAGAUUGUGGAGCUCUUGGGGAUGAGUCUUGGGAUAAACCAAAAACAUUUCAAAGAUUUCUUUGAAGACAAUGAAUCCAUAAUGAGACUAAACUACUAUCCCCCCUGCCAUAAACCGGAGUUAGCAUUGGGAACCGGGCCGCAUUGUGACCCAACCUCCCUUACCAUUCUCCACCAGGACACCGUCGCCGGACUUCAGGUCUUCGUCGACGACCAGUGGCGCUCCGUCGGCCCCAAUCUCAAUGCCUUCGUCGUUAACAUAGGAGAUACCUUCAUGGCUCUGUCGAAUGGGCGGUACAAAAGUUGCUUGCACAGAGCGGUGGUGAACAGCCGGAGCGCUCGGAAGUCGCUGGCGUUCUUCCUGUGCCCGAGGAGGGAUAAGGUGGUGGCGCCGCCGGAGGAAUUGGUGGAUUCCGACAACCCAAGAGUUUACCCGGACUUCACUUGGCCAACUCUGCAUGAAUUUACUCAGAAGCAUUACAGAGCCGACAUGAACACUCUCCAAUCCUUCUCAAAAUGGCUUCAACACAAGACAACCUAAAUCUUAUCACAUCGGAAUUGAAGAUUGUCGUUAUUAGGCCCGCGAAAAUGGGGAAGAAAAGAUGAAGCCAAUUUAUGAACAGAUAUGAAUAUUCAAACUUCAUAUAUGUUCAUAAUAUAUAU